GUCAGCUAGCAGCUAAGUAGCAGCUAACGUUAGCUAGGCAGUCUGCUAAUACCGUAAAACAGCGUUUCAAUGCCACCAAAAAGAAAAGGAGCUCUGCAGCUGGUCCACAGAGACGUGGACGAGAUAAAGAAACAGGUGGACCGUCUGGUGAAGGAGGUGCAGAGUCGGGAUGGAUCCACUGAGGAAGCGUUCCGGAGAUGUCAAGAACUGCAGAUGUUGGUAGAGAAGACACAAAGGACCCUGAUGAAGCUGACGAAGGCGGACGAGCCGGCUCCGGUGGGGAACUACGACCAGAGGAAGCAGGAAGAGGAGACACGACUGCAGAACAUCUGGGAGCAAGUGAACAGCCUCUCUCUGGAGCUCUCACCACCGGGACCCAGCUCUGCUGCUGCAGGCGCCGUCUCAAAGGAAGAUAACGAGGAAGACGAUGACGAUGAAGACGAAGACAGUAGCGAUGAAGAUGAUGAGGAUGAAGAUGAGGAUGAGGAGCCAGCUGUGAAGCCUCCCUCUCAGUCGGACCCUCACAUCUACACGGCCCUCAGCGACUUCACAGGAGAACAGGAAGGAGACCUGUCGGUUCAGAGAGGGGAGGUGUUGAGGAUUAUCAGGAGGACAGCAGACGGGUGGUGGUUAGCUCAGGACGCUAACGGAAAGAGAGGAGUCGUCCCGAAGACGUACCUGAAGAUUGGCUCCGGUGUUGACGAUGAAGAUGAUGAUGACGAUGAAGAUGAUGACGACAAUGAAGAUGAUGAUGACGAUGAGGAAGAGGGGGAAGAACUGACUGAUGACCGAGAGCAACAGAGCUCUCCACAUUCCAACUGGAGCACCGUGAGAAAAGCUCUGACUGAGAUUGAUACUACAGAUGUGCUCUCUGCGAUGGGGGCGAUACCUUCAGGAUUCAGACCGUCAUCUCUCAAUAAACUGCUGGUGGAGGAAGGUAAAACAUAUAGAGGGAGUCACUACGUUCAGCCCGAGCUCAGCCAAUCACAGCUGUCCUUCAGCGACCUCUUCCUGGAUCCAGACAGCGGCAGGGUUCGAUCUCGACAGGUCAGGACUUGUGUGUGUUUCAGUCUGUGGAGCUGCAGGAUGAUUCCUUCUCCCGGAGUCGGAGUUCAGGUCCUCAGCCGACACGUCCGUCUCUGUGCCUUCGAUGGAUCUCAGGUGUUGAGUAACAUCCACACAGUGAGGGCGACCUACAACUCCAAGAACCCCAAAACCUGGAGCUUCUCUCCUCGAAUGACGGGCGUCCUGCCGUCCCUCCUAGACGGAGACUGUUUCCUUCGCUGCAACUCAGAGUCUCCUAACCUCGGAAUCCUCUUUGAACUAGGAGUCUCCUUCAUACGCAAUUCCACAGGUGAGAGAGGAGACCUGAGCUGUGGCUGGUCCUUCCUCAAACUGACCGAUGACACUGGAAACCCUCUCCCCAACAGGACCUGUGAGCUGCCGGUGAACGAAGGGACUCCCUAUGAGAAGGAGGUGGUGAAGGAGGCUUCAGCCACCAGAGGAUCUCCAGCUGGUGUGUUCCAUCAGAUGCUUCAGAACAGACGUCAGCCCAAACUGAUCGUGAAGUUAAAAUCCUCCAACAGACGAACCAGAACUCAGCUCAGUCUCCUCCCUGACUCUCUUCUUCACUGUCUGAGCUGCGUUCCUCUGCUGGCUCUUCACCGACAGCUUCAGGCCGACUCUCUGCUGAUGGACAGACCGACCAUGCAGAACGCAGAUCUGAUCUUCAAUCCUGUUCUUUCUUCCUUCCCUGAGCUGCUGGACCAGCCGGACCUGCUGGAUGCUCUCAGGAGGGUCUGGAGGGAUGCUGAGAACAACAUGAGCAGAGCUCAGAAGAGAGACUCGUCCUUCUUAAAACACGAGUUCCUCAAAGUCUACACGUCCUCCGUCUACUUCCUCCUCCACUCUCCCUCGCUGCCCCGCCACCGCUGGGCUGACCCGCCUACAGAGGAGCAGCGGGCCCGAGUCAUCUACGCCGCCGGAGAACCCGGUGAACCCGCGGGCCCCGAGGUGUUUGUGGACGCCACGCGUCAACAUCUGGCCUUCGACAUCACAGAGCUGACAUUUGACCUCCUCCGUGUGGCGCGGUAGAGAGGGAGGUCCAGUUAGAAGAGGAUCAUCUUCGUAUUCAAUGUGUAAUAAUUGUUGGUUGCAGGUCUGUUUGUUGGGAUUUAUUGUCUCUACGAAUGAAGUGAACAGGUUACAGUAGAACACGAGACACAUUUCUGUAAUAAUAGAACCAAAAGUGACAUUAUUGGCAUGUUUUUAUGCUUCUAGUUAUUGUUCAAUUUUCUAAUA